UUCUGGGUUACCCCCACUACAAAAAAGGGAUGAUGGUGCAUUGUACCAUUCCAGUAGUGAUGAUCAUGAAGAGGACAGCCCUGUCGUUAAUGAUGGCAACUUCAGAGAUUUGUUGCGCUUCAGAGUUGAUUCUGGUGACUUAAACCUACGCCGUCAUCUUGAAACCGCUUCUUCCAAUGCAACGUACAUAAGCAAAACUGUACAGAAGCAGCUCAUCGACGUAUGCAAAGAAGAGAUCCAGGAAGUCAUGUUUGACAGAGUUAAAAAAGCAAAAUUCUUUUCCAUUAUGUUUAACGAAACAACUGAUAUAUCUCACAUCGAGCAACUCAGUCUAUCGUUUCGCUACCUCCACGAUGGAGCUCUUAGAGAGGAUUUUAUCACAUUCUGUAAUGCGUAUGUGAUUAUUCGUCCUGAAGAUGCAUCUGAAGAACUUCGUCUCACUGGCAUUGCCCUGGCACACAUAGUUGAAGAUCUUUGCAAGAGAUUUAAUGUGGAUCUGACGAAGUGCGUUGGAAUCGGCACUGACAGUUGCUCAGUUAUGACUUCUGAAACGAAGGGUGCCAUUCAAGAACUCAUCAACAUAGCCAUCCACGCGAAACGCUGUCCUUGUGGUAACCAUAUCUUGAACAAUUCACUAGCAAUGUCUUCUAAGGUCGUGCUCUGUCGCAAUACAUCGGCAACAAUGAAGAAAAUCGUUGCGUUUGCUAAUGUCUCGGUAAAGAGACAUAAAGUCUUUCAAGAAGCACUUGGCGGAACUGCACUUCAGGGGAUCUGCGAGACGCGUUGGGUUGAGAGGCAUGACGGGUACCUAUAGUUUCAGGGCGACACAUUGGUGAAAAUAUGUGAUGUUCUCGACCAAAUUUCAUCGUGGAAAGAUAGUAAAACUGCAUCUGAUGCUCAAUGCCUUCGACAAGCUUUGCGCAGUCCGGAGUUUAUUAUCUCUUCUAUUUGCCUGAGUGACGUAUUAGGUGAGAGUUAUAUUUUAUUUCCUUCCGCAGUAACAGCGCUCAGCACUAUUCAGAGCUUCAUUUUCACUUACUUUUAUCCAUCACGUUUCAAUGACAACUGUGUCACUCAGCCGCUUUCUUCAAACAUCGUCUAUAGACUUGAAGAGAGCAACAGAUGCCAUGAAAGAUACCAUGAGCAUCUUAGAGCAGAAGAGACAGGAAGCUGAUUCUGUUUUCAGGCAACUGUUUUCGGAAGUGCAAGAGCUUGCUGCACAAUUGGAUAUAGAGCUGAAGGCACCGCAUACUGCUUCACGGCAGAUACAUCGAGAGAAUUAUCAGCCAGAUGCUCCUGUCUCCUCUGUCUUGACGGAGUUUCAACUGUGGAUUGCCAAAUAGAAACGCGAAGUGGUGUUGCAUUUCCCAAUAAUUUGA